UAGCUGGAUUCUUCUUAUCCAAGGUCGUUCGUUUCUGUUCCCGAUGCCCAUUAGAUGCAGCACCAGAUGAUUGUCUACUCUUGCGGCGAGUGAAUAGCCUCAACCUCCGGGCUAUCUUUGAUUCCAAACCCUCUUACUGGAGAAAAGCAAGAGCUGCUCAAACUGGCGACCGCAGUGUCAUACACCAUGCCGGCAACUGCGCCGCCGGCCGACGAUGACACCGAGAUGAGACCGCCCCCGGAUGUGGUGGACAGCGAUCAGGAUGCGGAGGGGGAGGAGGAAACCGAUUUGUAUCAGAUGGAUCAACAACUUCAGGAUGCUGUACAUAGGGCAUACUCAGGAGAAGUUGCAGAAGAAGUCGACAGUGCUGGCCGCGAGGAAGAUAAGGAUGCGGAAGGAGAGCCGGAUUCUAAUGGCGAGAAUGAUGAGACCGAACCAGUGGGAGCUGUGAAGCUACCAAAGGGUAAAUCUUCUCCGGACAACGAGGAUGCAGCCGAUGCAGAGGGCGAUCCUGCUUUCGAUAACCAGAGUGAUAGCGAUCAGGACGCCUCUAGCUCUAGUUCAAACAGUCGGCACUCCGACGACGAAGACGAAGAUGAUGAGGAGUGGGAAGGUGAGAGUAAUGACCAGGAUGACGUAGAGGUGGAUAAUACUACGGUCCGCGGUAACUGCAUUUUUUGUGGACAAGAUGAAGAUCAUGAUCCGAGUGAAGACUUUGAGGAGUAUCUUACAUGCGCAGUUUGUGGCGAUCACUCUCACCGGCAAUGUGCCCGCGAACAAAGUGCAUUAAAUGAUGCCGAAGAUGCCCGCUCAUGGAGAUGUCCUACAUGCGUUCGGGAGAAGCUAGAGCCAAGCAACAAUGAGGGCAAUAGUACAUCCCAUCGAAGGCUCGGCCCGAAAAACAUGCGGAAAGAGCUCUUGCCGGCACAUACCGGUGAAGAGGGCUCUGGGUUUCACUCAAUAUUCAAUACUGUACGUAUUGACGAUGAUAACUUAUUGAACAGCUCGCGAUCGCUGCGAAAGAGGAAAACUUUGUCUGCAGAUAUACAGGAACAUACACCCGUGCUUCGAAAACGACAAAGACAGACCUCGCUGCGCUCCGAGCGGGCUGAGUCGGGAGACCACUUCGGUGAUCCUUCAGACGCCCUGUCUCCGGUACGAACCCGUUCUCGUCGUGUGCGGGGGAAUGAAAAGGAAAAUUGCCGCGUGGUUUUGAGGCAAUUUGGAAGGCUUGUAUUAGCAUUUCGACUCAACGAGGCCAAGCUAUCUAAAAUCCUUAAUUCUCGCAGUCGGCCACAACAUAAAAGCCGAAGAACCCCUAAGCCACCCCCAGUGGCGCACGAAGCUCCCGCACACUUUGCCCCUAUAACUCCCGUGUCAUAUGUGUCCCCUUUCUAUUCCUUCAAUGACCGCGAAAUGGAUGAAUCUAAGUCUAAACCGUACGGUGGUAUUCUGUCAGAGGCGGAUGCAGACACCACCAAGACUCUUCCGACACAAUAUGAUCGCGAGAGAUUUGAGAUGGCGCGGCAAAAGGCUGAAGAAGUGUGGCAAAAACGAAUUAUGGAGGCCGAGAGUGGCGGGGAGCCGGUGCAACAUGCAGCACAGAAGGUCUCAGGUCCACCCUCCAGGAUAAAAUAUAUCAAUUUUGGUGGCUAUGAGAUUGAGACCUGGUACGCAGCGCCGUAUCCGGAGGAAUACAGCCGCAAUCGCGUGCUUCAUAUCUGCGAAUUCUGCUUGAAGUACAUGAACUCGGACUAUGUCGCGUGGCGCCACAAACUCAAGUGCCCGGCAAAGCACCCACCUGGGGACGAAAUCUACCGAGACGGCUCGAUUUCGAUCUUUGAAGUUGAUGGACGAAAGAAUCCGGUAUAUUGCCAGAACCUCUGCUUACUCGCAAAGCUAUUUCUUGGGUCGAAGACUCUGUAUUACGACGUUGAGCCGUUUCUUUUCUACAUCAUGACUGAAUUUGACGACUUGGGCUGCCAUUUUGUUGGCUAUUUCAGUAAAGAAAAAAGGCCCAGCUCCGCAAACAAUGUUUCUUGUAUCCUCACUUUGCCCAUUCACCAGCGAAAAGGAUACGGGAACCUUCUUAUUGACUUUUCAUACCUGCUCACGCGCAUCGAAGGGAAAACGGGAUCGCCCGAGAAGCCACUCUCAGAUAUGGGUCUAGUAUCUUAUCGGAAUUACUGGAGGCUUAUUCUAUCAUAUCAGCUUCACAAACAAAAGACGCCACUUAGCAUUGUGGAACUUUCGGAGCGGACAGGCAUGACAGCAGACGAUAUCGUUUCAGGCCUUGAAGCCUUGCGCGCACUUGUCCGAGAUCCAGUGACAAAGACUUAUGCAUUACGACUUGACUAUAAAUACUUUGAAGAAUGCAUUCGCAGUUGGGAGAGCAAAGGCUACGUCCAGCUUAAUCCCGAUGCUCUUGUGUGGACACCGUACAUAAUGGGUCGAAGCAAUCAGUCGCAAUUCGAUCGGGCUCCACUACACGCUGUUGCUCCAAGAGAGGGUCUGGAAGACGAGGAGGUCGAAGACAUGAAAUAUUCUGGGAACGAGGAAGAAGAGCAGUUAUCAGGAGACAUGGACAGGGCCAAUGGAGAUAAAUCCCAGCCGACCACCAAUGGUGUCGCGCACGCAGAGUCUGAGGAGCCUCUAGCUAAACCUGCCGGACCUCCUUCGACUGAGCUUCUGACUAAUGUUAAUGGCUUCCGUCAUCAGACGCAAGCUGUUGCCGACACCAGCCUCACAGAAGCAGUCCCAAUUCCAGAUAUACCAGCCUGGCGUUUUGAGGUUUACCCCCCUGUUCAAGCGCCCGUUGUGAAACGACGCCCGGGUCGACCUUUUGGCAGCAAGACUACGUAUAACAAGGUAUCUGUUACGCCGACUACUUCUCGCACUAGCGGUCGCAGCACCCCUAGAAGAUCAUCUGCACUAGCCUUGGGGACGCCUAAUGCAAAUGUGUCUAGCGUCCGGCGCGGUCGGAGUGCAAAGUUGAUAGACUCACCUGCAGUUGAAUCAUCCAGUGCUGAGACCAACGGUAUCGAGCAUGACCAGCUCCCAAGUCAUGAGAAUACCAACGGUGGGGAACAAGACUCUACUUCUCAGCUCGACGGACCACUGGAGACAGCAGCCAAAGCUAAUCAUAUCAGGGACCACGAAGGGGUGGGCCAGCUUAACGGUACUAAUGGCGUGGAAACCGCCAACGCAGAGCUUCAUGUCCCGGAACAAGUAACGCCUAUCAAAGAAUUAAGUGCUGAGAGCUCAGCCAAACUCACCAGAUCUAUGAAUCGAAAGUCGGUGGUAGAACAGUUCGAAUUUGUUUUACCAGCAGAAGACCAUGGCACUAUGAAUCAUCAUGCGGUGGACGAGCAUCAAGAUGGGCCCAACGGAAUUGAUAAAGAUGGCGAUGCGAUCAUGGAUACAUGAUUUCUGAACAGAUCUGGGAAGAGUAGUGCCUGAAUGGCGAAGCAUUUAAACGAGGCGUUAUCUUGUGGCUUUGCAGGGAAAUUUUUGUUUUCAUUUUUAUCCCUCGAAGGGAUAAGUUUCAUGA